AUGUCCAAAGUCUCAAGCGCUGUUUUACGUCAAGGUAUUCUUGGUCCAGGACUUAACAAGGCUGGUAAAUUCCCAACCCUUCUUGGAAAGAAUGAAGAUCUUAAAGUUAAAAUUAAUGAACUUCAAUGCCAAGUUAAAUUCCAAUUAAAGAAAGUCUUGUGCAUGGGUGUUGCUGUUGGAAAUGUUAAAUUAACUGAAGACCAAUUAGUUGCUAACAUUGAAAGAUCAAUCUCAUUCUUAGUUUCACUUCUUAAGAAAGGAUGGCAAAACAUUAAAUGUCUUUACAUUAAGAGUUCUAUGGGUGCACCAAUUAAGAUCUAUUAA